AUGUACCAAUGCAUGAUUUACUGCAAACAAUGUGAUCUGAGCACAGACAGAGACUAUGCGGAAUGGGCAGUGUCUUGUCACGGACCCGAGUUUGCAGGCUGCAGUAAUGGCGUGUUGCGAAGGAUUUGGAUGAUUGCCCUGGCGGCUAUGCAACAGUCAGAGGUGCCUAACUGCUUGGAGGUGCUCGCUCGGGCUCGGAAUGUCAGAGCAGUGGGGGCCAAGGCAGGGGCCCUGCCAGAAACCACGGUAGAUUUGGGUCACACCGCUGACCAUGACGACAGUUUCCAUUGCGAACUGAACUAG